AUGAUCUCCCUCCUCCCCGACACAAUGUGCCUGAAGGGACCAAAUGUCGAAUCUCUCGCCGAUGCAGUGCUUGAACUCUGUAGAUUUUAUGCAACGAAUGCAUGGGACAAGGACAAUGAGAUGUUUCUGCAGAAGAUAGAGGGCCCUCUAGCACCCCAAUUUCCUUCCUCCGACAUCCUUUGUGAAAAUUGGGAUGAGCUGGCAAAAUUUGGGAGCAUGAAGAUGAUCAUACUCCAGAGCCGGAGCCAUGGUGACGGUAUCAAUAAAAUGGUCCUCAGGGAGGUAUUGAAGAAGGCUCUUGAAAAUACCAAUCUAUACACUUCCUUGCCAAAUGGCUCCAAUUACUUCACAGCUACCUUUCGCAUGAGAGAUUGCACCAUGAUGGAAACUUGUCUGUGGAGAGCACAGGGUCUCCUGCUUACUCUCUGCACUGUUACCUUCCACAUGCCGCCGCUGCCGGUGUCUCCGUUUCUCUUUCUCACAUUGUUGACUCCACGAGGAGGAUUGGCAAAAGUCUUGGAUCUUCUAACAGGACCUGUUGUCAAGGCAUUGGAUCCCGCUACCAAAGAUUUCAUGCAACCUUGGUUCGGUUGUAAACUUACAGACCCUCUGACCUUGGAACCACCUCAUCAACAUGAAAGAGAUCAGAGGUAUCUGUGGGUUUCACAUUUCUGUGAUCCUCAUUUGACCCCUUACGAUGUCGGUUUCAAGAAACCUGACCUGGAAAAGUCACAACUCCAAAAUAGGUUGGUGCUGAAGCUCAUUCUAUUGUCCCAUCCGAUGGCAGACCAGAGCAAUGGAUUUAACGCCAUGCAGGAGGGAUUUUCUUACAAUUUCAGUCAUGACAAAUACAUUGGAGGCCUGCCUUUGCUAUUCCACCGAGAGCUACCCCAACCGGAGAAUCUCUUGUUGUAUCUUCACAGGAUGUAUGAUUGCAGCAUCCACUCAGCUCAGGACCUUCUAGACCUUAUCCAGUUUGACCAUGGAUGCGUCAGGACAGAUGCCUUUUGCUCAACACUGUGUGAUUGGGGUUAUGGGACACAGCCCAAUGGCAGGCAUCUCCCCCUUUAUGAAUGCGUCACCCGAGCCAUCACUGAUAAAUUGCGGAAAUACUUUGAACAAGACUUGGACCGCUGCGGGCCACGCUUCCUGGUGAUGGCGACCAGUCUGCCAUAUAUGCCUGCAGUACCCGAGGAGAAGAUCAAGGUUCGCAGAUAUGUGAUUGUCCUCUGCACCUGGUGGUUCUUGUACCUUCUUGCUGGAGAGGCAACAGCACUCUUCCCCAAUUUUGAGGCUUGCUUGGACUUCUGGUUGUUCGACGAUGAUCGAAUCAUUAUGCUCAUUAUGCUUAUUUAG